CAAAACAACCCAAUUCCAUCAACCACCUUAUACAACCGUCACAAUGGUCAAAGCCGUCGCUGUUCUCCGUGGUGACUCCAACGUCAAGGGCACCGUCACCUUCGAGCAGGCGAACGACUCCUCGCCCACCACCGUCACAUGGGACAUCACUGGCCACGACGCCAACGCUGAGCGUGGUAUGCACGUUCACGCAUUCGGCGACAACACCAACGGAUGCACAUCUGCUGGGCCCCACUUCAACCCCCACAACAAGACCCACGGUGCUCCUGAGGACGACGAGCGCCACGUCGGUGACCUCGGUAACUUCAAGACCGACGGCCAGGGCAAUGCUAAGGGAAGCGUUGAGGACAAGCUGAUCAAGCUGAUUGGCCCAGACAGCGUCGUUGGCCGCACCAUUGUCGUCCACGCCGGUACCGAUGACCUUGGCAAGGGCGGACACGAGGAGUCCAAGAAGACCGGCAAUGCUGGACCCCGUCCCGCUUGCGGUGUGAUUGGUAUCUCCAACUAGAAUCUUUAGCGGUUCAAGUUCCGAGUCAAGACAUGACAAUGUACUUCAGCAGCCUGGAGACAACACCACGUCACGCUGACAACAUAACAUAAAUGAUGAACAUUGUGUAACGCAUUUCAAGAAUAAUACUACAUUCACUAUCAACCUUUCUCUGCGGCUCAUGAUGUACACACUCGAUGCAUUUACAGGCAUUGAAGAUAUUGAUACCAAAUACAUGUGAUUAUAUAUCUAUCUAGGAUCGCCAUAGCCAAC